UCUCUCUCUCUCUCUCUCUCUCUCUCUCUCUCUCUUUCUCUUUCCCGGCGUUAUACGCGCUGUAGACUUAGGCGGAGAAACCAAUGAGUCCAGAGCGAGAGACAGCAAGCCGGUCGGAGCGAAACGAAAGAGCCACUCGCGCGUACCUCGCGCGCCAAAGCGGACGUUUCCUUGUAACCGGCGAGAUUUUGCGCGGAAGUGAGGCUCGAGUUGGUGAAGUUGUUCAGGGUGCUUUGGAAAUUGUUAAACUGGCUGAGGGUGUGGACUGGGACUUUUUCUUUUAAUUUCGAGGUCGAGGGUGAUGUUUUGGUGGAAGAGUUCGUUGUGGGGAACGUCGUAGUGAUUAUCAGCUCAGGUUGACGCUGUGACGAUUUGUGCGGGAUAGUUCUGAGCUGCGCUGGAUUACGAGUAAACGAGAAAACGAUGCUGACCGUAAGAGACGAGUCGGUGAUAUCGGGAGCAACGAUCAGCAGUCCCUCGUCUGCUGCCUGGUUCUACCUGAGCGUCGAAUUUCUCCUGGGCCUCGGCAUUUCCGGAUUCCUCCUCUUUCUCAGCGUCGUCAAGUCCUUUCUGCCGAAGCCUCCGCGCGAUCUCACCGGGGAUGUCGUAUUGGUCACCGGCGCCGCUUCGAAUCUGGGCAGUCACCUCGCCGAGGAAUUCGCACGCGGCGGUUGUUCGGUCAUCUGCGUCGACGAUGCUGGAAGCGACGUCGAGGCGACGGCCACGAGACUGCGCUCCAGGUAUCCAGGUAUCGAGAGGGUCGGACCUCAGUACCGCAAACAUCAGGACGAGGAUCGACCUCCCAGAGCCACGAGUCUUGCCUACAGCUGCGACUUGUGGGACCGAGAACAGAUCAAGGCUCUUGCCAAGAGGGUCAAGCAGGACAUCGGUAGGGUCGACGUGCUCGUCACCUGUGCGGGAAACUCCGAGCAAGGGAUCUUCGACACCGUCAGUCGCACGCUGAUGAGCCACUAUUGGACGGUGCUGGCAUUCCUGCCGUCCAUGCUGCAUCGAGAAAGAGCUCACGUUAUUGGAAUUACGCCAACCGUCUCGACAAAGGACGCUUACAUGAGCUCGAAAGCUGCGGUCGCAGGUCUGAUCGAGAGCCUGGGACAGCAAUUUAGCGGGCGGAACAAUAGACUGACUUUCAUGACUGUUGCGCCUAAGGCUGAGCCGAGUUUACUUCGGCAGAGCGAGGAGGAAAUCGCCAGAGAAGUGGUUCGAGCUGUUCAGAGAGAUCUGCCCUGUCUGAGCAUGAGUUGGGGUUCGAAACUGUUCUAUCGAUACAGUUGUAGACUGUACGACGGGAUCACGACUGUCACGAGGUGGCUCGACACGUGAAGAUUAAACGUAGUAACUGUCAUACGAAUUGUAUAAAAAUUCUCAUAAUAGUCAUGAACAUUACUUUCCAAAAUUGUAAUACCGCAUAACAUCGAACUGUCAGCGAAUUUUGUAUCAUCCUACACUCGUCAUUCAACGAUAUCAAUAUAAUGUAGUAUUAAUUAAGCAUAAUCCGAUAGAAGUAUUUCAUUAAUAUUAAUAUUGUCUAAGACUACCUGUACAUACGUCGUCAAAACGAAAGAACUGUAAGCGUUUUUAAUAAUCAAAGAAUAGAAUAUAUCAUAACAAAGCAUCCAA